AGAGGGAGGGGGGACGUUACAUUAUUUCGCGAGAUUGGUCCGUUUGCUUGAAACGUAACGUCUCAUCCUGUCAGUAGUGUUUUGACAGCCGAAGUGUGAACUUGCGCAUUUGUGACGGAGAGGCACUACGGUUUUAUAAUGUCUAAACGAGCUUUGCUACUCUGUAAUCUUGCGCGUCAAGGAAUAUAUGCUUCAUCCAGUGAAAAACAAGUAUUGAGUAAGGAAGACUGCUCUGAAAUAGAUCAUAAAGGUUGCGAGGUGGUACCUCAUCAAGAUAAUAGCAAUAACAACGAAAAAGAUCUCAAAGUAUUACAAUGGCUUAAUGACAACCAAAGAACAGAUAAUGUCGAAGAAACCACAGAACAGGUCAAAAAAAGAACUGACAAUGUUGAUGGAACUACAGAACAGGUUAAAGAAAGAACAGAUAGUGUUGAAGAAACUAUAGGCGGGGUCAAAGAAAAAACAGAUAAUGUUAAAGAAAUAAUUAAUUAUGUCAAAGAGGGAAAUUCAACAGGAGAAACAUCUCAGUCAGGACAGAAUAACACAGAAACCAGUUCCGAAAGUAAUGGAUCUGAUUUUUCUGGAACAGAUAGCGAUAGAGAUAAAGAUUUCGUACCCGAUAAAGGUCUUAAAAGGAAACUAAUUCCAUCGUCAAACUCUUCUUCGUCAUCAAGCUCAAGUUCGAGUACGACAUCUUCGAGCUCAGAUUCAGAAUCAGCCAAAUCGACAAACUUACCUGAAACCCCAAACCAAACAAAUACACAGUUGCUUGAUGCCCAGGAACCACCUCCGAUCGUGCAACAAAUCGCUACUCAAGACUCUAACAAUGAAUUAAAUACGGAGAUGAGAUAUCAGUUUGAAUGUGAAUUUCAAAAUACACCUGUUGCGACUAAAGCUAAAAAGAAAGCCCGAAAUCCUGCUGCCUGGAAGCAAAAUAAACGUAAAGCUCUUAAGAAUACUGGCCAAGAACAUACUAAUUCUUCAGGAAAAGUUAUUCCAGCCAAAAAAAUGGGACCGCCUUGUACUGAAAAAUGUUUAUUCAGCUGUUCGAAAAGAAUUUCUAUUGAAGAUCGACAAAAGCUUUUCGCAGGAUAUUGGGAACUAGGCUGUCUGACGAGGCAGCGAGAUUAUAUUGCUUCGUGUAUUACCACGCUCGCAUCUGACUACCGACGACUAAAAACCAACCCUAAAUUUGCAAGAAAACCUAAUAGCUGUUUUCAUUUACCUAUAAAUGGUGAUAAGGUUCGUGUGUGUAAAACGUUUUUAUUAAGUACUUUGGCCAUUACUCCUAGAUAUUUACGCCACAUCAUUGACAAAAGAACAGCAACAGGAACCGUUCCACCCGAUAGAAGAGGUACACUUACCAAAAAGAGAAUAGAUACUGAAAUCCAUGAAUCCGUACGGUCACAUAUAAACUCCAUACCAAGAAUAGAAAGCCACUAUCUAAGAGCCCAAACAACCCGCCAAUACAUAGAUGGACAGUACACCGUUGCUGAACUACAUCGUUUAUAUUGUGAAGACCGAAAAGCAAAUGACAAACCUUGUGCAUCCUAUGAUUUUUAUAACAGAGUCUUCAACCACGAAUUCAAUUUAUCUUUUUUUACUCCUAAGAAAGAUCAAUGUGACCAGUGCGUCUCUUAUCAUAAUUUAUCCAAGCCCGAACAAUUGAAAAAAGAAGUUGAGUAUAAGCUCCAUUUGAAAGAAAAAACACUAAGCCGAGAAGAAAAAGACGCAGAUAUGAAACUAUUAAAAGAACUGGGACACAACAAUUUAAUUGUUGCAAUAUAUGAUUUACAGGCUGUAUUGCCAGUACCUAUUGGGAACUCAAGUGCUUUCUUCUAUAAAUCUAAAUUGAACUGCUAUAAUUUUACAGUGACAGAUUUCAAGGAGAAAAAGACUUCCUGUUUCUUUUGGCAUGAAGGCUUAGGCAACCGUGGAGUUAAUGAAAUUGGCUCAUGCGUUUACAUUUUUCUGGAAGAAUUAGCUCAGAAACAUCCAAAUUGUGACGUAAUAUUCUACUCAGAUAAUUGUUGUGGACAACAAAAAAACAAAUUUAUGAUUAACCUGUAUUAUUAUGCAGUAAAUAAACUGCAAAUAAAUUCCAUUCAACAUAAAUUCCUCAUUCGAGGGCAUACACAAAGUGCGGCUGAUAACGCCCAUUCUGUUAUAGAGAAAGCUGUAAAACGGGCCAAAAAAUCUGGCCCCAUUUACGUCCCAGCCCAGUAUUGUCAACUGAUAAGGUCAGCUAAAAAGACAGGUAAUCCUUUCUAUUUAAAAGAAAUGAAUUUCACUGACUUUUAUAACCUUAAGAGUCUGACCGAAGAUAUUAGUUUGAAUUUAACCAAAGCAAAAAAUGGACAAGCUAUUAAAGUAACUGAAAUAAGUCAGCUGAAGUUUAUAAAAGAGAGCGAUGUUUAUUACUUCAAAACUUCAUACGAGGGCAACUGGAUUGAAGUCAAUCGUACUCAAACAGUAACACGAAGCACAAGAGUCCAACAACCUCACGAAGUAACAUUAAAGCAGGCUUAUGAGAGUAAAAUCCCCUUAACUGCUCGAAAGAAGGCAGAUAUACAAAACUUAAUUGACACCAACAUUAUACCGAAAGUUUAUGAAACUAUUUACAACACAAUAUUUUGAUAUUUCUUUAUUUUACAAUUACACAAAUGCGAGUCGUACUCGUGCUUUAUGCUAUGUUUUUAGCAGAGCAUUUGUUACUGAUUUUCUUUAUAUAUUUUUUUUUACCAAAAUUGUAGUUCCUUCCUAAUUGGAUAGUAAAGUCCUUAAACAAUGCUGUGAAAAAUGUGAUUUUAGUAUCUGUAAGAAAUUUAAUAUUAUAACGUGUUUAUAGAUGUUUAAGCAUUAGAGUUAUUUGUGAGACUGUUAAAUAUAAAAGAUAAUAUUGUUAUGUCACUUUGAGAAAUUAUAGAUUAAUAAGAUUUUAUUCACCAUACUCGUUUCAUUAGAUGAUAAGUGCCGAACGGUGAACUCUUUAAUCGUAUUGUAAUUACUUUCGUAUUAAGACUGAUGAUUGAUUUUAGUUAAAGAUUAUUUACAUUUAAAUGUGGGACUUGCCUAAUUUUGUUUAGAUUUUAUAUGCCAUGAACCUAAGACAUAUUUAUUAGAGAUUUUUUUGAUUAUUUGAUUAAAUAUUAAGUACAACUUUAACUUUUAUACAUAUUUAAUAAUACUAACAUAGCAAGCUACUGUUAUGUUUGCUACUGUUUUCUUUUUUACUUUUUGCUAAUAUUUUUGAUAACUAUUCAGUAUAUAGGUACUAAGGUUUUCUUAGUUAUACAGUAACUUUAAAGGCCAUUUUCUGUAAUUUAUUUCGAAUUGUAUGUUACAUUUUUUUUUGAUGACAUUUGUUUGAAUUUUAAAUAUAAAAACUUGAUAAUAA